UUCUUCUCCAUCUCACACCUUAAUUCAUUGACUUUGACCCUUUCUAACAAUAAAUUAAAUUUCCCUAUUUUUAACUCUCAUUUUCCAUCCAUCUCAAACAAAACCCUCCUUCCUUCUUCUCUCUUUCUUUCCCUCUUAUUUCCCUUUCAUCUUUUCGAUUAAACCCUUCUUUUCCGCUCCUUCUAUUUCCCCUUCUCAGGGAAAACAAAAAAAACAAAAAACAGAACAAAAAUCAACAAAACAGAGCAAUUUUUCUCAUCCAUACCCAGGUUCAAUUUUCCAUCAAAUUCAUCUUUUUUUCUUUCUGGGUCUUAAUCAAUUUCAUCAAAACGCAAAAGGGUCAUUUUAGUUUGUUCUAAUUCAAAUCAAAAUCCGAAAUUUAUAAAUUUUUUGUUAUAUGGAUCAAAACGAAGAAGCGAUUUCAAAGAGCGAAAACUCAUUGAAUUUUUCUUCUCUUAAGAGUCAUAGAUCCUGGCUUGAAAUUCGUCUUUUCUAUGUUCGAAUUUCACCUUGUUUAAUCGAUAGUGUUCCUGAAAGUUUAACCCUAUGUCAUCCAAAACGAGAAAUCGGUUUUUCUCUUGUAAUAAACGGUUCACCAAUCCCUGCAACCGUUUCAGCUCCGCCCCUUACGCUCCGUCGUGACCGUAUCGAUAAAGAGUCCGCUGAGGUAACGUAUGUGAGCACAGAUAAUGUGAGGAUAACUGGUGGUGCUGAAUUUGAGGUUUAUGAGAAAGAUGUUUUGUUUCUUUGUGGUUCAUUGGAACGGUUAGAUGCUGAUUGGGGUAAUGGGUCUGGUUGGGAUAUGGAUUGUCAUGUGGCGGUUGGGUCUAUUGGGAAGGGUUGUUCGGCGUUUUUUCGGCCGAAGCUCGGAGUUUCAGCUCCUUCGGUUGAAGUUUAUGUUGCUGGAUGUUGUUCUGGUGUGCCUGUUAUUUUGAGUAAGACUAUUUCAAUGAGUCCUAGGAGGAGAGUUCCUAGACAUGCUAUUUUGGAUGCUAUUCCAGAAGAUGAGGAGAUGAAUGUGAUGGAUAAGGAUCAUGUUAGUGGUGUGAAUGGAUUAAUUCCACACCCUAAAUUGCAGGUAACAGGGUCUGCAGGGUCGGAAGUUGAUGAUUAUGAUCUUGAUGGCAAGAUGGCGAACGGUUUCUACUCUCAAGAAAUGUAUCUUGGUGAGGACGGACAACUCACAUGGUUCAAUGCUGGUGUUAGAGUUGGUGUUGGGAUUGGCCUUGGGAUGUGUGUAGGGAUUGGGAUUGGCGUUGGAUUACUCAUGCGUUCAUAUCAAACAACUACCAGAAACUUUAGGAGGAAAUUUUUCUAAUCAAUAGUAAUGAAUUUGCUGCUCCCGUUCAUUGAGAAAUCGAAGAAGAUAUACUAAUACUGGAGUUGGAUCAACAACAACUUGAAUGCAUGAGCCAUGAGUUUUGUUAAUGACUGAGGAAGGUUAUGCAUCGUUUAGUUUUUGUAGGUUUGGUGCGGAUGCUUUCAUCUAUCACGUAGACUUGAAGAUUUGCAUUUUAAAUAAGUUGUAUCUGAUCCUCCAACAACAUGAUGUCGUGUGCCGACAGGAACAAGUGUUCAAUGGCCAGCAUCAAGCUUAAGAGAGGUUUUAAAUGUGAACAUAUACCAAGAUCUUACUGUUCGUUUGCUUGUAGAUAUUUUAUAAUUAUAUUCAUUUUUUUAUAUGUAUAUUUCUUUUCCAUGGGAAAUGAUUUUUUUUA